AACAUUGUUUCAUAACUAUACUAUUAUUCUUUAAUACUUAAAUAUACAUUUAUAAAAUGUCUAAACUUAUCAAAUCUGAUUCGUGUUUUGUUUUACUAAACUUAAGUUCUUAUUGCUUUAUUUGUUAGAUACAAAUUGAAAAGACCUAUUUCGUAGGUUUAUAAAUUAUAUAGCUACUAUGAAAUUCUGAUUGAAGGCCGUGUAACAGUGUUAAGAGGACAAAAAACAUGGACGUGGCCGAGUUGCAGCACGAGAUAAAUCGGCUUACGCGUGAGCUUGACCAAGCUCAUACAGAAAAGGUCCAGUCAGCCACUUAUGGACUAAGUAUACUGGAAGAAAAACAAUCGUUAACAAAACGUUAUGAAGAAUUGGAAAAUUUAUAUGAGAAUGUGAAACAAGAAUUAGAAAUCACUCAAGAGGCUUUGACAAAAUUUCAAACCUCUCACAAAGUAACAACCAAGUCUGGUAUAGAGCAAGAAGAGUCACUGUUGUAUGAAACAGCAGCUUUAGAAUCAUCACUAAAUACCACAAUCAUAGAACUUGAAAAUGAUACUAAAUCGUUACGACAAGAGUUGGAACGUGUUCGCAUGGAACGAGAUCAAGCUAUCCAAGAAAAUAAUGACUUAUCAAGGUUGAGUAAUGAGUCUAAUCAUGAUUCUAAGCAACUUCGUGCAGAUUUACGUGAAGUUAAAUCCCGUGAAACUCGUCUACUUUCUGAUUAUUCAGAACUAGAAGAAGAAAAUAUUACUUUACAAAAACAAAUUGCUCAUUUAAAAUCUUCUCAGGUUGAAUUUGAGGGGGCAAAACACGAAAUACGUAGACUGCAAGAAAAUGUAGAACUGUUGUACUUACAAGUUGAUGAGCUAGCAAAGUUGAAAAAAAUUGCUGAAAAACAAAUGGAAGAAGCUCUGCAAUCAUUACAAGGCGAACGUGAAGCUAAAUACGCGUUGAAAAAAGAACUCGAUCAACGUAUCAACAAUGAAUCGGUUUAUAAUCUCAGUAAUUUAGCUUUUAGCAUAAGGGGUAUGGGCGGAGACCAAAAUGUUGGUAGUGAUGAUGAAGAUGAUUUGCCUGUGUUACGUAAACUUGAAAAUGAUAUUGGUUCAACUAUGGAAUUACCAGAAUGUGGAAAACAUGAUUUGUUUAGUGAAAUACAUCUUAAUGAAUUGAAAAAACUGGAAAAACAGUUAGAACAAGUGGAAAAUGAGAAGAGCUUAUUGACACAGAAUCUUAAAGAGUCUCAAUCAGCAUCUGAUAAAUGUAAAUCGGAUUUGGAAAAUUUAGCAUCUCGUAUAUAUAAACUUGGGUCACACAUAAGGUCUUUGGAACAUCUUGGUACUCAAACCAGUAAAGUAGUUUCUGACCAUAAGACAGAAGAUGGAAAAUCAAAUGCAACUUUGGAAUAUUAUCAACAAUGGUUUAGCUUAGCAUCUAAAGAGAUUGACCAGCUUCACGGUGAUCUAGAAGAACUAGAAAAACAGUUGAAUUCAUCUGAAGAAACCUUAUCAUUAAAAGAUGAAUUAAUCAUGCUCAAAAAUAAAUUAUUAGACAGAGAACAAAAGACAAUGGAACUUGAGUCAAAUGUUCGCUUGUUGGGAGAAUUGGCUACAGAUGCUAGUGCUUCUUUAGAUAAUGCACAAAAUGACCUUGUUGUGAUAACUGACGAAUUGGCUCAACUUGCUCUCCAAAUGUCCGUGUUGAAUGGAAAAUCUAUAACAUUAAAUACUAUUGUCGUAAAAACAGCAAAAGAAACAGAAGAAAAUGAUCCCCGUCUGGAUGUAUUACGAACUCGACUCAAGUCUGAUGUAUUCAUAAAAGAAUUAGAAAGUCUCACCGAAGCUUCAUUUGUAGCAAGAAGUCUGAGAAACGUUCUUGAUCAAAUCAAAUUGCUAAAGGAAUCUGUAAACACAUCAAUAGAUAAUGCUAAAGCUGUUAAUCGAGAUACUAAUGAUGGUCAAAGAAGUUUAAUGUUGGACAAUAAUGAUGAAUUGUCUGAUCUCCGAGAACAAGUAAUGAAAUUACAGUCUCUCUUAGCAACAAAGCGAGAACAAAUAUCAUCAUUACGCAUGGUUCUAAAGACUAACAAAAAUACUGCCGAGGUAGCAUUAAAUAAUUUGAAAUCCAAGUACGAUAACGAGAAAAUGGUUGUUACUGAAACCAUGACUAAAUUACGUAAUGAGCUGCGUACACUCAAAGAAGAUGCUGCUACAUUUUCAAGUUUGAGAGCUAUGUUUGCUGCACGAUGUGAAGAACAAGUUACUCACAUGGAUGAUUUACAGCGACAGUUGGUAGCUGCUGAAGAAGAGAAAAAGACACUUAAUCAACUAUUGCGUUUGUCUGUGCAACAGAAAUUGAUGGUUACCCAACGGUUAGAAGAAAUUGAAAUGGACCGAGAAAUGAAAAACGUACGACGGUCAAUGGGUACACCUAACUCUUCAACACCAUCAAAAACCUCAAAAAGGUACAAUCAGCCUCAACGCCGAGACUGGUAAGACAUGAUAUUUUUAGUAUUAUUAUU